AUGAGAGUGUACAUAUUUCUCUGUUUGAUGUGCUGGGCAAGAUCUGAGAAUAAAAGACCAUGCCUGAAAUUUUCUGAGCUAACUAUAAAAGAUUCCUUCAGAGAUUUGUUUAAUCCCAAAAUGGAGAUAUUUUUGAUAAUGUAUACAAGGAACAACCUAAAUUGUGCUGAGCCACUGUUGGAGCAGGAUAAUUCACUUAAUGUUAACUUCAACACAAGUAAGAAAACAGUCUGGCUUGUUCAUGGAUACAGACCACUGGGCUCCAUUCCAUCUUGGCUUCAGAACUUCUUAAGGAUUUUGUUGAAUCAAUAUGAUGUAAAUAUAGUUGUGGUGGACUGGAACCGGGGUGCCACAACUUUUAUUUAUGAUAGAGCUGUUAAAAACACCAGAAAAGUUGCUGUGAGUUUGAGUGAGUGCAUUCAGAAGCUGUUGAAGCAUGGAGCAUCUCUUGAUAAUUUUCAUUUCAUAGGUAUGAGCUUAGGGGCUCAUAUAAGUGGAUUUGUUGGAAAGAUAUUUCAAGGUCAACUUGGAAGAAUAACAGGACUUGACCCUGCUGGACCAAAAUUCUCCAGAAAACCAUCAAAUGGCAGAUUACAUUACACUGAUGCAAAGUUUGUGGAUGUCAUUCAUUCUGAUACUGAUGGUUUAGGCAUUAAAGAACCCUUGGGACAUAUAGAUUUUUAUCCAAAUGGAGGAAAAAAGCAGCCUGGCUGUCCUAAAUCAAUAUUUGCAGGAAUGAAAUUUUUUAAAUGUGACCACCAGAGAGCCGUCCACUUAUUCAUGGCAGCUUUGGAAACAAACUGCAAUUUUAUUUCAUUUCCUUGUCAUUCAUACAAAGAUUACAAGACUGGUUCAUGUGUGGAUUGUGACAACUUUAAGAAGAAUUCAUGUCCUAGGCUAGGUUAUCAAGCUGAGCUAUGGAAAGAUGUUUUAGAAGAAAGAAUGAAAACAUCUCUUAGGACGACUGUAUUUUUGGAUACUACUGGCAUAAAUCCAUUCUGUACUUAUUAUUUUGUUCUCAGUGUAAUUGCUUUGGAUAACACCAUGAAGGAUGGCUAUAUUACAUUUAAAUUAUUAAACCAGCUUGGAAGGUUUGAAGAACCAAGGCUCUAUAAGAAGAAUAAAUCAUUUUAUAAACUUCAAGAAGUCAAGAUUCUUGCUCAGUUUUUAAAUGAUGUUGUAAAUAUUUCAAGCAUUGGUUUGGUAUAUUAUCAGAGCUCCAACCAGCAAUGUUCCACAUGCCAAUAUAGUAUCCAGCGUCUCAUGUUAAAAUCACUUACAUAUCCAGAAAGACCCCCACUCUGCAAGUAUGAUAUUAUACUUAAAGAAAAUGAGGAGGUAUUUCUCAAUCCAUGUACCUGUGAACCAGAGGAAAUAUAG